UUCUCCAUCCUCAGUCUUUGCAAGGGGACGGCUGUGCCGGGCUCGGGCAGGCUCCUGGCAGCAUGGCAGUGAAGCUGGGGUCCCUUCUGCUGGUCCUUGGGCUCAGCCUGGCUCAGCCAGCCUCUGCCCGACGGAAGCUCCUGGUGUUUCUACUGGAUGGUUUUCGCUGGGACUACAUCAGCGAUGAGGCUCUGGAAUCCUUGCCUGGUUUCCAAGAGAUUGUGAGCAGAGGAGUAAAAGUGGAUUACCUGACUCCUGACUUCCCUACCCUCUCGUAUCCCAAUUACUACACCCUAAUGACUGGGCGCCAUUGUGAGGUCCAUCAGAUGACUGGGAAUUACAUGUGGGAUCCCAAAACCAACAAGUCAUUUGACAUCGGUGUCAACAGAGACAGCCUGAUGCCUCUUUGGUGGAAUGGAUCAGAACCUCUGUGGGUCACUCUGAUUAAGGCCCAAAGGAAGGUCUACAUGUACUACUGGCCAGGCUGUGAGGUUGAGAUUCUUGGUGUCAGACCUACUUACUGCCUAGAAUAUAAAAAUGUCCCAACGGAUAUCAAUUUUGCCAAUGCAGUCAGUGACGCUCUUGACUCACUCAAGAGUGGCCGAGCCGACCUGGCAGCCAUAUACCACGAGCGCAUCGACGUGGAAGGGCACCACUAUGGUCCUUCAUCUCCUCAGAGGAAAGACGCCCUCAAGGCCGUGGACACCGUCCUGAAGUACAUGAUCCUGUGGAUCCAGGAGCGGGGCCUGCAGGACGACCUGAAUGUCAUCAUUUUCUCAGAUCAUGGAAUGACGGACAUCUUCUGGAUGGACAAAGUGAUUGAGCUGAGCGAGUACAUCAGCCUGAAUGACCUGCAGCAAGUGAAGGACCGGGGGCCUGUUGUGAGCCUGUGGCCCGCCGCUGGGAAGCAUUCUGAGAUAUAUGACAAACUGAGCCAAGUGGAACACAUGACCGUGUAUGAGAAGGAAGCCAUACCAAACAGGUUCUAUUACAAGAGAGGGAAAUUUGUCUCUCCUUUGACUUUAGUGGCCGAUGAAGGGUGGUUCAUAGCAGAGAGUCGAGAGGCGCUUCCGUUUUGGAUGAACAGCACAGGCAGGCGGGAAGGCUGGCAGCAUGGAUGGCACGGAUAUGACAACGAGCUCAUGGACAUGAGAGGCAUCUUCCUGGCCUUUGGACCUGAUUUCAAAUCCAACUUCAGAGCUGCUCCCAUCAGAUCCGUGGACGUCUACAACGUCAUGUGCAGCAUGGCUGGCAUCUCCCCGCUGCCCAACAAUGGGUCCUGGUCCAGGGUGGUAUGCAUGCUGAAGGACCCGGCCAGCUCAGCCUCCUCUGUCCAGCCAAACAGCUGUGCACUGGCCUUGAUUCUCUUCUUCCUGUUUGCAUAUUGAUCAUAUUGUCCAUCCCAAAAAUGCUGUCAGCAAAGUGUGCCUCCAAAGUGGAAUGUUUCCCAGUUUCUGUGUGAAUAAUAGCUUCAUUAACACAAUCAAGGCCAUGUACACUGUAAAUAUAUUGUUCUAGGAUACUUCUACCCAUAAAUGUCCAUACUUUUUUUUUUUUUAAAAAAAAGUUCUAAACUUUGUUUUUCCCCAAAGUAGGCAAAUCCUAUAUUUUCAUUUGUCUAGAUUUAUGCAGUUUUCUCCUUUCUUUUCGAAUAAUUCCUCAAGAUGAGCUACUUGAGUAGCUCAGCACUGGUGUGUCCUGAAGCAACCAAACUUGGAGUGGAUAGUCUGUGCUCAUCCUGGGUCCCUCUCUGUCCUGCCUUGCACAAAAUUGCUUCUCAGACCAGGCCCUUAUUUGUUCCCUGUAUACACUCAGGAGCCAUCCUUGAGGUCUGUGACCACAAUCCUGUACUGACCCUUCCACUCCAGAAAGGAGAAGUUCUACAUGAAAGCAAUGUCUGCUGUUUCUGACCCAGCUCAUAGUUUUGCCAUCUUAUACAAAGUCCCAGGAAGGACAUAUCCUAGCAGGGAUCAUGUAUCAACAAAAAACCCAUGAGGACUGGAGAACUCAUAGAACAAGGUGAAAAACCUGGGUCCCCUCCCAAAGUCUUAGUGCUCAAUACCUUCUCCCUUCCCUUGAAGGGAAGAAAAGCUAGGAACAGAUAUGCACUUCUAUGAGAUUUAUCACACAGAAUAUCAUGGUAUGAAGCCUUGGAAAUAGCAGACCCUCAAGUUAAAGGAGUGUUAGAUUGCCUGCCCACCCAUCUGCCCAUAUGACAACUUCUUCAAACACCACCACUCUUUGGCUCCUGAUUUGGGGCAAACAACAGUAAUAUUUGUCAUGCCAAUUCAGAGCAGGCAAAGAGAAUAUGAACAUGCUAGCAGAAAUCUUACUUCAUUGCUUGGACUGGUGACACAUUGGACAUAAGCUCCAUGCACCAGUAGCCCUGAAGCAAUACUUGCUUAACAGCUGCAAAAGGAAAUCCUUGUAUAACAUAGAGUCCCAAAGGAAAUGGCCGGGUUCAGGAAUGGGGAGAGCCUGACGGAGCUGGAUCCCAGUCCCUGACCAACUAGCCAUUUGAGUAAAAAACAAACAUCAAACUGAAGGUCAAAGUGCCACUUCAGAGACCUAAGUUCUUUAGAAGUGCUUGAGACUAGCCCCUGAGCCUGAGUUGAUAUAUUUUUAGUUUAGUGUCCUAAGUUUGCUGUAGGAGAUCUUCAAACGAUACCUGUAUUUUUAAAUGAUUAGACUCUCGUGUAGCCCCCAUAUAUGAUGGUUUGGCUUAAUGAUUUUUGACCUGAUGAUGACAUGGAAGCACUACCUAUUCAGUAUAAAUUUCCCUUAGAAUAUUGAACUUGAAUCUUUUCCAGGCUAGUGAGAUGCCGUAUGAGACUGUCUAUAAUGCUGAGUGGCAGCUCCAGGCAGCCAUGAAGUCAUGGGGUCAAUAACUGAUACCAUGAGGUUCAGCAGGUUUGAUGUAUUAAAUGCAUUUUUUAACUCACUGAUGUUUUUAACUUAUGAUGGGUUUAUCAGAAUGUGAUAAAUCUUAAGUAGAGGAGAAUCUGUAUAUGAAUCCCAGUAUUGCUUUUAAAAUGUUUCCCCUGAGAUGAAACACAUCUGCACGUGAGACUCUGUCAGGAGGCCCACACCUCAGGGCUCCUCAGGACAAGGAAGCCCUUAUAAGGUAUUUAUCUUGAGGAAGGAAUAUCAAGCCUCAUCUGAUUCAGGAAGAUGGGGAGGCUUCUCCAUGCCAUGAAUCAUGAGAGCAAUGGAUCACUACUUUGAAAUACUGAAUUGUUCCUCACAAAAGAUUUCUAAGGAUUUGUGAAAGGUGUUUUUAAAGCUCCAGCAAACAUUGACUCAGUCGGAAAGGAGGCAAAUCAGCCUUUGUUGUGUGGCUGAAAGCAAAUAGUACUCUCAGAACAUGGGGCUGGUGGUGGAGACAGACAUCUAUUGUUCAAAAUUGGCUACCUCUGUAAAGGAAGGUGGUCUGUUGAAUUCUAUGGAGCCCACUUCCUGCCCUGGGAAGGAAGGAUCUCUCAGAGGUAUCCAAGCAAUUAAAUAAAAGUGCAUCCUCAAAAUCAAGAGGGGAUAAAUACGGACACAGUCUUGCCUUUCCUGUUCCGUUCUUCCCUUUCUUUCCUGUACUCACCCUUAAAAACUUCAAGGCACAUAACAAAAUUUCAGCUAUUUUUCUGAAAAAGUAUAAUUUCUCAAUAAAUAAUGUUGCACAAAUUAAAGAAAAUAAGAUACCAAAGGAAUCAUGAAUACUGGUAAAUAAUUUUAAAAAUUCAGAAUCUGAAUUUUUUUAAAAAAAAACUUUUUUGCCUAAUAAUGCAUACAUUUGAAUGGCUGAAUUAUUGGCUCAAAUUUGUUCCUUUUAUUUUUGUUUUAAAUUUGCAUUAUUUUUCCCCAGGAAAAUUUCACCUUUCUAAAUAUUUUUUGUUCCAUUGGCGUAAAAUCUGCUAGGAAUAGGUAUAGACGCUUCCCUCCCUGGAUUAUUUCCCAACUUUUCUGCUAAUUCCAGAAGGAAGAUAAUUGGGUUAACCCACCAAGGAUAAAUGAAAGGAAUUUUCCUUAAACUAUAGAUGAUGUGAAGGGAAACUUUCUCCACCCACGUAUCUGAUCUCCAGAACUUGAUUCCAUAAGUGCUAAAGUUCUAUAAGAUUCCAAGUUCUAAAGACCUAAUCAUAAACCAGAAGAGCCCAGGCAAUUCUUUCUAACAUGGGAGUCCUGAAUUAUAAAAACUGAGUUCUCUUCACUUUUAGAGGGACCUUAGAAAUCCAUAUCAGAUCUGAGAUCAGUGAUAGACAAUACUUUGCAAACUUUCUCGCCUUUCAGGGCUCAUCUGACCUACCAUAACAGCUACAGGCUCGGAAAACCUGGAAUAGGGCUCAGACAACACUUUUCAAUCACACUGAUCCAAGGUUGGGUUUUCUCUGAAGAUAGAUGAGCUCUGAUUUGAUCCUGACAGACCUGAGUCCCCCCGCCCCCAAAGCUCUUUGAUAAUUUGUGAGUUUCUCCAGAACCAUUGGGCUGACAUUGGCCACUUACCUCAGUUGAUCAGGUGUCCAGCCUCCCCUAAACCAAAGUAGAUAUAUGUGUCAGCCCCUGUAGUGGAGGGAAGGACCAAAAGACCAACGUGGCUUCUCCACACCCCACUCCUUGUGGCUCUAAGAUUCCUGACGGUGCUAUCAAACAAGUUUGGACAUUGUUCAAGACACACAGGUAUCUUACACAUUUUCCAACAAAGUGUUUCGUAUUUAUGUAAAUAUCAAGAGAUUUCCAAAUGUGAUUGUGUGUUUUAUCUUUUUAAGCAAUUUGUGAAAGACCAAAGUCAGCUUCUGUAAAUGGCUUGCUAGAAAAAAGAGGGAGGCGAUAGCCUUGACAGACUGGUUUUAAAACAUUUGAAACUUUGUCUCAGGUAUAUGCUGUGGAAAAUAAACUAUGUUGCUUUGAAAUCAUGAAGCAGCACCUAUUAUAGUGCCAUAAAUGUUUAACAAAUGUCCCAUAAAUACGUGUUGAAUGAAAAAAAGAAUAAAUGUCAUUAGGGAGACCCGUUCCUCUCUCUUUUCCUGUAGCUCCUUUCAUUAAAUGAAUUUUCCACUUUUA